AACAGACAUGAAGGAGAAAGCAGUGAAAGUAAAGUGGACAUAAGUUAACAUCUAAUUAGCACAAAGUGGUAAAUAUAGCGGUAUUUUGUACUUUAUAUUAGGGGAAAGACGCUUUUUGAAGAUGUUUUGUCCUCGGAGCGUUCAAAAGGAGCAGCGGCUAGCAGCCUACCAGCUAAUGCUAGGAGAUUCGGGGAGUCUGGCCCAUGUGUUCAGCAGAUUACUGGAGUCCAGCCACCAGGAGAACCGGCCAGAAUAAGAUGUCUGGCUGUGAUCAUAAAGUUCAGAAGUUCAAAGAAGGGCAAGACGCUUGCGAGGGACGCUGUCGAGUAGUGCCAGGACGGCGCCAUGCUGCCGACCACCUCGCCGCACAGUAACGGCGACCCAAGCCCCAGGGACGCUGCACGUCACACGGCAGGCGCCAAGCGCUACAAAUACCUGCGGCGACUGCUCUAUUUCAGACAAAUGGACUUUGAGUUCGCCAUAUGGCAGAUGCUUUACCUGUUCACUUCGCCGCAGAGGGUCUACCGCAACUUCCACUACAGGAAACAGACCAAAGACCAGUGGGCCAGGGAUGAUCCUGCAUUUCUGGUCCUUCUCAGCAUCUGGUUGUGUGUAUCAACGAUAGGCUUUGGUCUUGUCCUGGACAUGGGAGUCGUGGAGACUGUGAAACUGCUGCUGUGGGUGGUCUUUGUCGACUGCAUAGGCGUUGGUCUGCUCAUAUCAACCGUUAUGUGGUUUAUCAGCAACAAAUAUCUGCUGAAACACCCGAGCAGAAACUUUGACGUCGAGUGGGGUUAUGCAUUUGAUGUUCACCUAAAUGCUUUCUACCCACUUCUCGUCAUUCUGCAUUUUCUGCAGCUUUUCUUUAUCAACCAUCUUGUGGUAAUAAACUCAGAAUGGUUCCUGGGUUACUUUGUUGGGAACACUUUGUGGCUCGUUGCCAUCGGUUAUUAUCUCUACAUCACCUUCUUAGGCUACAACGCUCUACCCUUCCUGACGAACACUGUGGUGCUUCUCUACCCCUUCGCUCUGCUAGGCCUCCUCUACAUCCUCUCCAUAUCUCUGGGCUGGAACUUCACCCAGGGUCUCUGCUGGUUUUACAAGUACAGAGUCAAGUAGGAACCUUUAGAAUUUGAAGUCGGACGCUAGCUGGUUCCAGGCGGACUCAAACAAACAAACAAAAAAAACAGCCUUCAGACAUUCAUCUGUGUGAGGAUGAAUCUGUUUCUAGCUGAAUGUGAACCUCUGGCUGACUCUUGGAGAACUGGGACUCUGGCUUGAUUGAUGCUGAGCUGGUUCCUUGCGGUUGUGUCGGCUUUUCUGUUGAACUCGAGCUCCAGUCGGUUAACAGUGAAGUGUUUGGAUUACCUGCAGAAAAUUGGGACGGAUACCUUCUAUCACAGGUUGUAAUAUAAACCGAAAGGCGUCUUUUUGAAGAAAAACAUGUUUUCUUUUAGUUUAAAAAAAAAAAAACACUUUAUAAUCCUGCUUGUUGAUGUGGAGACACAUGGGAUGCAGAUGUUUUUGUUUCUUUUUUCCUCAAGUGUACAUUCCAAAGCACUUUCAAUAAAGGGUUUUAUUAACUUAAACUACCUCAGUUUGGAUGCUUGGGAGAGAAAAAGCCCCAUGUUUUUCUGAAGUUGGUUCAUUUCUUAGACUGCUGGUGUAAACCUUCUGCAGGCGAUUUCUCAUGUUUCUGUAAUAUUCCUGUUCACAUUAAAUCUCUGGAAUGUCA